AUGUCGUCUCCGAACAUGCCCAACGCCGAGAUUCUGGCUCUCGCUUCUCAGGUGCAGAACUUUCUUCCUGAGACAGCCGACCGUCAGCCGUCCUUUUUCCUGUCACUAGCCCCUGCUACGUCGGCAUCCUACCCCCGGCCGAAGAAGGCCGUCGUCGCCCCAGUCGGGGCUGCUGUUGCUGCCGCAGUCUCGGAGAAGAAGGAGCUGUCAGACAGCACUACAGUAGUGGCAGCAGCGAUGACCUCUGUCGAGGAGGCCGUGCCUGAGAAGACCAGUGUGAAACAGCGCCGGAGCUCCAGCCUGAGCAGCAGCGACAGCAUCAAGAGCGGACCUGUCUUCCGCUUCCUCAAGCUUGGUCCCGUCCACUGGGGCGAGCACCUUGAUGACCACCAGCAGGACUGGAACGAGGUGGCGAUCGAGUAG